CUGUGAGUGAACUAUUUGAAGUGGAAGUGGUGAAAUCUUAUCCUUUUUUUUUUUUUUUAAACCCACGUGGCCAGUAAACAAAGGUUUCAUAGUCUCAGUAUUUCCUUCUCACUUGUUACAUUUCUAAUCCUUUGGAGAACAGAGAAGUAAAAUUCAAAGGCAGUUAAAUCAGAAGUGUUUGAAAUCUGACAUCUACUCCCAAACAAGAAUUUCUCAGGAGGCCCCCUCACCAUGUGGCUGUACCUGGCUGUCCUCGUGGGCCUGUACUACCUCCUUCGCUGGUACCGGGAGAGGCAGAUGGUUAGCCACCUUGGGGAUAAGUAUGUCUUCAUCACGGGCUGUGACUCAGGCUUUGGGAACCUGCUGGCGAGGCAGCUGGAUGUGAGGGGCUUGAAGGUCCUGGCUGCAUGUCUGACGGAGCAGGGGGCCCAGCAGCUGAGGAAGCAGACGUCAGACAGGCUGGAGACGGUGCUCCUGGACGUGACCAAGACAGAGAGCAUUGCUGCGGCCACCCAGUGGGUGAAGGAGCGUGUCGGGGACAGAGGACUCUGGGGUCUGGUCAACAAUGCAGGCACUUUUCACCCACUGUGCAUCACUGAGUGGCUGAAGACUGAGACCUGGAUACAUACCCUCAAAGUGAACCUCAUUGGUGUGACAGAGGUGACCUUGAGCAUGCUUCCCUUGGUGAAGAAAGCACAGGGGAGAAUUGUCAAUGUCUCCAGCAUUCUGGGAAGAGUUGCUUUCUUUGGAGCAGCCUACUCUAGCUCCAAGCAUGGAGUGGAAGCCUUUUCAGAUGUCCUGAGAUGUGAGCUUCAGCAUUUUGGGGUGAAAGUCAGCAUAGUUGAACCUGGUUACUUCAGAACAGGAAUGACAGAUGUGCAGAAGUCCUCAGAGGCAAUGAAGCAAGUCUGGAAAGAAGUCCCUGCUCAUAUUAAGGACACCUAUGGACAGAAGUUUUUUGAUGCCUAUCACGAUGUUAUGAAACAAGGGCUGUCUAGUUGUAGCACAAACCUGAACCUGGUCACGGACUGCAUGGAACACGCUCUGACAUCUGUGCAUCCCCGCACUCGGUACUCAGCUGGCUGGGAUGCUCAAUUUUUCUUCAUCCCUCUAUCUUAUUUACCUACAUCACUGGCAGACUACAUAUUGACUAGAUCUUGGCCCAAACCAGUGCAGGCAGUCUAAAGAAAAUUAUUUUGGUGGCUCUUCAAACGAAGAAGACAAAAAUCUGAAAUUGAUUGUUAGUGUCUCAGUAAUCUUUAUGUCUAAUCCAUACUUUUUAUAACAACAAGCUUUCUUGCCUAAACUCACUUAUCUGGCACUAUCUGAGAACCAAUAUCUUUAUAUUCCGCAUAUUAUCCAAAGCUUACUCCUUUAGGUGAUGAAAGGUUACUAUUUUAAACCAUUUUUUGAUGACAGUUUAUUUCCAAAAUUCAUCAGUCUUUCUUGCUUGCCCUAUUAAACAGAAUAGACAGAAAACAACUGAACUUUUUUGGAUGCUCUUUCUUUAUGUAAAUAAAUAGCUGUUCUGUGCUGUGAUAAACUAUUGCUCAAGGAAA